AUGGCAAAGACGAUAAAAGGAAAUCUAGAGAAAGAUCCAUCUUACAAGGCUCAGAUUACUAAUACAUAUAAACUUUUCUCUUUAGAUAUAAGACAGCAGAUCAAUGAACAGUUAAAAUGUUUGGACAUGCGAGUGGAGGUCCAAGCUGCUAUCGUUGCAGAAAUUCAGGAUUUCUUUCGCCGAAGAGCAGAGGUAGAGCUGGAAUAUUCACGCUCUCUAGAGAAGCUGUCGAGAAGUUUGACCUUACGACAUAAGGCAGAGAAACAAAAACGUGAGCAAUGGCAUUUGUUUUCUUCAAACUUAUGUUGGGAACAUUUGUUGUCGGCCACCAGAAAGGAGAGUCGAGAUAGAGCUAUUCUGAGUGAAAUAUUUGCCAAUACUCUGACCAGUCGAUUUGGAGAGAUUGUGGAAGAUGUACAUAGAAUGUACAAAAGGUGCCGAGAGAUUGGAAUGGAAAGUCACGAAGAACUUUUGAAGGUUUUACACGAACUUCAUGCUAGCAUGAAGACAUACCAUGCUUACCAUUCUGACGAACGACAGAUGGAAAGUAAACUAAGACUUCUGGAAGCUCAGAAGACUAAACUUGAGCAGUCAGCUCCUGCUGAAAAACUACAACGACUGAAGAAAUAUCGAUUGAUUGUCAAGGAUCUUCAGAAGCGACAGUCAAAGUAUAACGAUGCAAAGUUGAAAUCCCUGAAAGCCCGAAACGACUACCUUUUGUGUAUGGAUGCAGCUAAUGCAGCAGUUCAGAAGUAUUAUGUUGAUGAUCUACCAGAUCUCAUUGAUUGGCAAAUUAUUGAGGAUGAACUACGACCCGAGAGUGCCCAUCUUGAUGCAAAGGAUAAUCCUUUGCUUGGUUACCCUUGGAAGACUGUAAGACCAUUAAAUUGCCAUAAGUGUACUGACGUUGAAUUUGGGGUGAUGGAGGUUUUGAACACUGUGAAUGGCCUAGAACGUGCUGGAAAGCGGGAAAAACACAUUCUUGGAAUAAUAGUUGCUGCCACUAUAUUGAGAAUUCAGGUCAGAUUUGAAUAUAGGACAGAUAUCUACAAAAUGCGUUAUGGAAUGCAGUUGAGUCUUUUAGCGCAACAGAAAAUUAAGCAAGAGGGAACAAAAAAAUGA